AUAAUUAAAUAGCCCCACAGCCAUUGUCAUUGUUUGUUUGUUUGGUUGCUGUAGGUAGGAGGACGCAUAGAAGAAGUGAAGAUUGAAGGAUCAAUCAGUUCAGCAGAUCAGCAGAUGGCUUGUUUAUCAGGAGGAUCGGGUGGGAUGUGUUUGUCUGAAACUUAUUUGAAGAAGAAGAUUAAUGAUUUAUCAUCGCCUUCUUCUUCCUCUUUGUGCCUGAGAUCGGACAAUAAUAAUAAGAAUAGGAUGAUAAAAUGCGGGACGAGUAGUGGUGGGGUGCAGGGGAAGUUCAAAGGGACGCAGAAGAGGGAGAAGCAACUGGCGGAGAUGAUAGAGAAGAAAGUGAUGGAAGCAAAGCAAGUGUGCGAGGGAGAUCCCAUCGCCGACGAGUGCAAAGUCGCCUGGGACGAGGUGGAGGAGGUCAGCCAAGCCAAGGCCGAUCUCAGGCUCAAAUUGGAGGCCAACAAAGAUCCUCUCGAGUCUUUCUGUCAAGACAACCCUGAAACCGACGAGUGCCGCAUCUACGAAGAUUAAAAUUGUUUAAUUAAUUAGCAUGUUGAAUUCCCGAUCAUCAUCCACCUCUGUAUUGUAUUAAUUUCUAUGCCGUCUAGCUAGUAUGUGUUUAUGUAAGCGUUUUCCUUUGUAUGCGUAAUGCCCAAAUAUCCUAAUUAGAAAUUUGUAUGCUAUGUUUGGUUUACGAUGCCCAUCAUUGUGUACAUGGAUGGAUAAUGGAUUGGUGUUACAUUAA